GUCAUCACGGACCGGCAGCUUCAAUGACCACAGCUGUCAAUAUACGGGGUGGAAAAUCUCCAGGCACCUACAGUAACAGAGAGGAAGCUCCACCCAGCGUGGCCCAAGGAUGGAGUCCCUCCCUGAAGCAGUCCUGAUCAGGAUCCUGGCUUCCAUACCUGCAGUGGACUUGGUGCUGGUGUGUCGCCUGGUCUGCUGCCAGUGGAAGAACCUGGUGGAUGGAGCCUCUCUUUGGAUYCUCAAGUGCCAGCAAGAAGGCCUCACGGGAGCAGAGUUAGAGGAGGAUGCAGAGAAUUGGCAAAACUUCUACUUUCUGAGUAAGAAAAAGAGGAAUCUGAUCAAGAACCCAUGCGGUGAAGAAGACUUCCAGGACUGGGGAGAGGUAGAGAAUGGAGGUGAUGGCUGGAAAAUUGAAGAGCUCCCUGGAGACUUUGGAAAAGAAUUCCCUAGCRAAGAAGUCCACAAAUACUUUGUUACAUCCUACGAGUGGUGUCGGAAGUCUCAGGUCAUUGAUCUUAGGGCUGAGGGCUACUGGGACGAGCUGAUGGACACAACCCAGCCUAAAGUUGUAGUGAAGGACUGGUACGCAGGGCGCAGCGAUGCCGGCUGCCUCUACGAGCUCUGUGUGAAGCUGCUCUCAGAGAACGAGGACGUGCUGGCCGAGUACAAGAGUGACACUAUCGCCAUCCCCCAGGACAACGACGCUGACUGGACUGAGAUCUCCCACACGUUUUCCAACUACGGGCCGGGCGUACGCUUCGUGCGCUUCGAACACGGCGGCCAGGACACGCUGUUCUGGAAGGGCUGGUACGGCGUACGAGUCACCAACAGCAGCGUGACAGUGGAGCCGUAGCCGCGUCGAGGGAGGCCCUGCUUGCUASAGCCAGCUUCCCUCGGGGCAUCCACUGGCCUUCGGAGGCUUUCCRCAUGGCACUGCUUCCCGCCUGCAAAGUGUGUUAUUCCUGUGCGCCGACACAUGCACUGAGUGCUGCGGGUGACUGGCCUUUCUGGAGGGGACUCUGCAAAGAAUGGGAGGAGGUUCAUGGACGCACAUUAGACCGAGCUUUACCAUUUGCACUGAUGUUUGGGCAGGCAUGGAAUCACGUAGAGAUCCUGCAGACCAGGGUAUCCCCUCAGCCAUUCAACCACUACCCCUAACAUCCAGCCUGAGCCAAGUACUCCCUGGUCUCCUUCCCAGCCYUGGGCACUACUAACUAUUGCACAGAGUGUGCAAGAAGGUCGGCCUUCUUGCAGGGGCAUCCGGUCAGCCCCUGCUCCGUAUGCUCCCUGGUGAGACAGCACACACGCCUACUAGUGCCUCUCAAUGCCACUCAGGGCUGUGAGCCAGCAUGCUGAGCAGACACCCCCCGGCUUCCCUGAGCCACAUACACCCCUGCGGUCGCUCCUCGUGGGACAGCAGGGCUCAUGUUUCCAUUUUGGUCUGAAUGCCUCCUGGAACGUCACUUUGCAUCAAAGUGCAAACAGCACUUGCUAGCACUACCUGGAGCCAAAGGUGAGAGCUUCUGAGCAAGUCACUUCGUACACGCUCGGCUUCUUUGGGCUUUUUGCACGUU